CUUUACAGAAUCAUGAGUCCUGCCGCUAUCAUCUUCCCAUACGCAAAGUAUGCUGGCAGCAGCGCCUCCGUGACCAAAGGUCAUGAGUGGCGCACCGCCGCUAACAGCUGUGCCUACUUGCUUCCACACCUUGAGCCGUCCAUGCGUGUGCUUGAUGUUGGAUGCGGACCGGGGACAAUAUCGUGCGACUUAGCAGCCAACUAUCUACCUCGGGGCCACGUCACUGGCGUUGAUGCGUCGGUAGAUUGUGUCGAAAAGGCCGCAGAAAACGCGCAGCAAAGGGGGAUUGAGAAUAUCUCUUUCACUACCGGUGAUAUUUUCAAUCUCCCAUUUCCGGACAACACAUUUGACGUGGUGCAUGAACACCAAGUGCUGCAACAUAUCUACGACCCGGCCGCGGCAAUCGAGGAGAUGCGGCGCGUUGCAAAACCAGGAGGCCUGGUUGCAUGCCGUGAAUCCAUUAUGGAUGGAUUCUUGUGGUAUCCGCUAACACCAGACAAGAAGGAGUGGUGGGACCUCUAUGUCCAAGUUGUCAAAUCCCAUGGUGCAAAUCCGGGAACAGGGAGGAUGUUGCAUGUAUUUGCGCGUCAAGCGGGAUUUUCCAGGGAUGCGAUGACCUCCAGUUCAAGUGCUUGGUGCUACUGCGAUGAGAAGGAGAGAAAGUACUGGGGGGACCACUGGGCUGAUCGAAUGUUAACUAGUGCAUUUAGGAGAGAUGCAGUCUCCCGUGGCUUCUGUACCAACGAGGAUAUGGAUAGAUACGCGAGACUUUGGAGGGAGUGGGGUGCCCAAGAUGAGGGGAGUUUUAUUCUCGUUCACGCGGAGAUUUUAUGCCGAGUGGACAAAUCUUAGCUUGUUGAAAUGACAACGGGCUAUAUAGAAGUCUGAUAGCUAGUUGCAUGAUGUGACCGUUAUUUGAUAGAAUAAGCACCACGAUGAUGCGUCGAAUCCGAAAGGCACG